GCAGCAAGGGUUACGAUAUUCUUCUGCAGACACCACCAAUCAACGCGGAUGUUUAGCGACUGGGAUGCAAGCCAUAGCUGACAGUGCAGUAUCUACGCAUGGUUAAAGUACCGUGUGCGGGAAACAUAUGGGCGGACUACGGGGCACAUAUAAGGGACUCGCCGCUCAAGCGUAACUACGCGUUGAUCCUUCCAACAAGCUCCCUUGAAUCGCACUAUACCGGCCUGGAACAGCACCCCACACUGCACAAACAUGGCUUCGCAGGGAUUAAUCGAGAUGGAGAUGGAGGUCAACGAUUGGUCGUCAGACGGAUACGUCACUAGCACGCAGAGCCUUAGGGCUUCUAUCAAUGAGACCAUAUUCGAGAAUGGUCGUCGCUAUCACACAUACUACGGAUAUGACAAGAAUAUGUUACCAGUGGACGAGGCCGAACAGGACCGGCUUGACCUCCACCACGAAGUGUUCUUAUCGAUGAUGGACGGGAAGCUUCAUGCAGCUCCAAUUGACUCCGGCAAACAGCGGAUUCUUGACAUUGGAACAGGCACUGGCAUCUGGGCGGUUGAUAUGGCCGACACAUACCCCAACGCGAAAGUCAUUGGGACGGAUUUGAGCCCCAUUCAGCCGAAAUGGGUUCCACCCAAUUGCCGCUUCGAAGUCGACGAUGCAGAGCUCGAGUGGACAUAUCGGGCGGAGAGCUUCGAUUUCAUCCAUGUCCGGAAUCUUGCAGCCAGUAUAUCAGACUGGCCGAGAAUGAUGAGUGAGAUAUAUCGGGCAACUAAGCCGGGAGGUUAUGUGGAAAUCGGCGAGUUGGGAGGCCGACUCUUCAGCGAUGAUGGCACAAUGACGGAAGAAAAUCCGCUCAAGAAAUCGUUUGAUUUGACCAUAGACACGUUGGAAACACUUGGUCGUACGUUUCCCGUGGCUGGUACGCUCCAGGGAAGACUAGAAGCGGCAGGGUUCGCCGAUGUGAAGGAGUUCUCCUACAAACAGCCGUAUGGACCUUGGCCGAAGGAUAAAAGGAUGAAGCAAAUCGGCGCAAUGGCUUUGGUGAUGUUGGACACGGGAAUCGAAGCCUAUGGGAUCGCACCGUACACACGCAUCCUCAAGAUGGAUCCUGGAGAGGCAUCAAAGAUCAUCCAUGAAGCAAAGGAGGUUGCUAAAGAUCUGAGCAUCCAUACCCACAGCAUGUACUAUGUUGCAUACGGGCGGAAGCCGGCAGAGUAGUGCAGUGGCUGCUAGAUUAUCAAGAGUACAUAAUAUGAAGAGCACGCAAAGCUGUUUUCUUUUCUAUAGAUUACACGUAAUUUUGGGAUACAGACAAAUAAAUACUGUAUUGAAAAUGAAGAAGUCGAAG